AUGGUACCGGAAAUUAAGUGUCUAAAAGCCCCCAAAGAGGAACUCUUCACCGCACUGGACCCCAUUAAGGAGAAGCUAAGAACAUUCACUAGAGCUAAACAAGCAUGCAUGAAGACAGCACAGCACAUCAAUAGUCAGGCCCAGCACACAGAGAGGCAGAUAAAGGCAGAGUUUGAGAAGCUCCACCAGUUCCUGCGAGAGGAAGAGGAGGUCAGACUAGCCGCUCUGAGGGAGGAAGAGGAGCAGAAGAGUCGGAUCAUGGAGGAGAAGAUAGAAAACAUCGCAAGAAAUAUCUCCAGCCUUUCAGACAAAAUCACAGCUAUAGAGAAGGCCAUAGAAAGUGAAGACAUCUCAUUCUUAAAGAUCUAUAAGGAUACCAAGAGAAGCUGUUUAGCUGCAUUCAAAAUCCAAAGUCUGCUGACUCCUGCUUGUCGCUACAGAGCCCAAUGCACACUGCAGGAUCCAGAGCUGCUCUCAGGGGCACUGAUAGAUGUGGCCAAACACCUGGGCAACCUGAAGUUCAGAGUCUGGGAGAAGAUGCUGGGGGUGGUGCAGUACACUCCAGUGACUCUGGACCCCAACACUGUACAUCCCUGUCUCUCUCUGAGCGAUGACCUGACCAGAGUGAGAAAUACUGAAGAUAAACGCCCACUCCCCGACAACCCAGAGAGGUUCGACUUCGGUGUGGCCGUACUGGGUUCCGAGGGCUACACCUCAGGGAAGCACAGCUGGGAGGUGGAGGUGGGGAACAAACCCUCCUGGAGUUUGGGCGUGGCGAGGAAGUCCGUCGACAGGAAGGGGCAGAUAAGAGCAAUCCCAGAAAAGGGCUUCUGGGUUCUUUCCCAGAGGAACUGGGACCUGUACGGAGCGUGCUCCUCAGAGAAAAAGUGCAUCAAACUGAGGAGGAAGCCCCAGAGGAUCAGAGUGCAGCUGGACUAUGACAGGGGGGUGGUGUCCUUCUUUGACCCCAGUGACAUGACACAGAUCUACACCUGCAAAGGUACAUUUAGAGAGAGAAUGUUUCCCUUUCUGUCCCCUUAUAUCAGUGAAGAUGGCAGUAACCCUGGGGCUCUGACAGUAUGCCCUGGGAGCGUGUCGAUAAUAGCGAUCCCAUUCCAGUGA